AUGGCCGCCAAUUUCGCGCUCGCUCUCCGCAAAGAAGACAAUGCCAGGCAGCACCAGAUUCCGCAGACCAUCGCGCACCGUGGCUACAAGGCCAAGUUCCCGGAGAACACGAUGGGCGCGUUCAAGGGCGCGGUUGAGGUCGGAGCGCACGCUAUUGAGACGGAUGUGCAUCUGACGAAAGAUGGCGUUGUGGUUUUGAACCAUGAUGCAUCGUUAGAACGCUGCUUCGGAAAGAAGAAAAAAGUCAUCGAUUGCGACUGGGAGUACCUGUCGACGCUGCGGACGCUGGCCGAACCGCACGAACCCCUGCCCCGGCUCAGCGAUUUGCUCGAGUACAUGGCCGAGCCAGGAAAUGAGCACGUAUGGGUGUUGCUAGACAUCAAGAAAGACAAUGACCUGGACGACGUCAUGCGCCUCAUCGCCGAAACCAUCGCCUCCGUCCCGCCCUCGCCUUCGAGGCCAUGGAAUCAGCGCGUGGUGUUGGGCAUCUGGGCGGCCAACUACCUCCCCUUCGUCUCGACCUACCUCCCAGACUUCCCGCUCACGUACAUCUCCUUCUCGCUGCCCUGCGCGUGGUACUUCCUCGCGCACGUGCCGCGCAUCUCGUUCAACCUGUACGCGCCCAUCCUCGUGGGCCCGCUCGGCGCGGCGUUCCGGCGCAAGGCGCAGGGCGAUUCCAGGCCCGUGUUCGCGUGGACGGUCAACAAGGAGCGCAUGAUGCGGUGGAGCAUCGAGAAGGCGCUCGACGGCGUCGUGACGGACGACCCGAAGAAGUUUUUGGAGGAGUGCGAGAGGUGGAAGGGGAGGACGGACCAAGUCGGUGCUGCCAGGAAGAGGAUGGAUGAGGUGGAGGGGUGGGCGUGGAAAGGGUGGGGCCCGGCGGAGGUGCUGGAUCUGUUGAGGGUGCAGCUGUUCGCUCUGGUGUUGACGCCGGUGGUGGUUUGGUGGCUGAGGCCGUGGGGCGCGGUUAGGGAGGUUGGUAAGAUGCAGAGGGAUGUUUGA